ACUUCCGUCUUCAGUUUUUACCUCACACGUUUUGUCGUAGACGAAAAUACUCACCAGUACGAAAAGAUUCAGCGUGGGGCAGUUCCAGUUUUCAAUUUCCUUCCGGCCGCCUUAUUUCAGUAGAUAUAUGCUUUCUUCUCCAUGGCUUUCCUCUCCGGCCUCUGCGGGUGCCUGAGGCGGCGACUCGCACGAAGCCGCGGCGACGGUGGAGAUGAGGCGGACAACGACGGAGGAGAUGACUCGCCGGACUUGUUUUUCGACCUCCGCUCUCUCCAGAUUGCCACUAACUUCUUCUCCGACCUCAACCAGCUCGGCCACGGCGGCUUCGGCCCUGUUUACAAGGGAUUGAUGCCAAGUGGCCAAGAAGUAGCUGUUAAAAAGUUGUCAUUAAAUUCAAGGCAGGGAAUAAGAGAAUUUACUAAUGAGGUGAAACUAUUAUUGAGAAUUCAGCACAAAAACUUAGUUGUAUUGUUAGGCUGUUGCAUAGAAGGCCCUGAGAAGAUGCUUGUAUAUGAAUAUCUACCCAAUAGGAGCCUGGACUACUUCCUUUUUGAUAAGAAGAAGGCUGCAUCUUUAGAUUGGACUACGAGGUUUCGAAUUGUCACUGGCAUUGCGAGGGGUCUUCUCUACCUACACGAAGAAGCUCCCGAAAGAAUCAUACAUAGGGACAUCAAAGCCAGUAACAUAUUGCUGGACGAGAAGUUAAACCCGAAGAUCUCGGAUUUUGGUCUGGCUAGGCUGUUUCCGGGAGAAGACACCCACUUACAGACGUUUAGGAUUUCCGGUACACAUGGCUAUAUGGCUCCAGAAUAUGCAAUGCACGGAUAUCUGUCUGUGAAGACAGAUGUAUUUAGUUUUGGGGUCUUGGUACUAGAAAUUGUGAGUGGAAGGAAGAAUCAUGAGGGGAAGCUUGGUGCAGAAAAGGCGGACAUCUUAAACUAUUCCUGGACACUUUUUCAAGCACGGAAGACGCUCGAGCUCGUUGACACCAGUCUCGAGAGCUGCGAUCCUGAUGAAGCAGUGAUGUGCAUUCAGAUUGGAUUGCUAUGCUGCCAAUCGAGCGUAUCAGAUCGGCCCGAUAUGAACACUAUCCAACUCAUGCUUUCGAGUGAUUCAUUUACGCUGCCAAAGCCAGGGAAACCUGCAGUACAUGGGCGUAUAGGGAGAUGGACUACCACGAGUUCAAGUGGUUUUACUAAGAACACAAAUGGCAGUACGCAAACGGGUGCCACCAAGUCUUCUGGGGGUGGUAGUUUUGCUGAAGACUACUCCAGGAAUUCAAUGUCGUAUUCUUCCAUGGAUGAAGGAAGGUGACGACCUUCAUUUCUUGGGCUCUAAAGGGCUACACUGUAUAUUAAUCUUCAUCAUAUCCUCCAUUCUUUCCAAUUCUAUUUAUUAUACGAUUGGUUUUGUGUAAUAUUGUUUCAUGAGAUGGAUAUCAAAUGCUCUGUAUAUAAUAUGGAGUACUUGUUAGUGAAAGAGUAAUGUUUUUUUUUAUAGGU